AUGGCGAGUAAUGUUGUGGUAAUUGACUCCUCCUUCCGCCGGACCGUCAUUAAGGUCAACCCGGGAACAUACAUGACGGAUGUUCUGGAGCAAGCCUGUAAGAAAUUUAACCUUGAUGCAAGUAGGUAUGGACUCAAGAACAACAACAAGGCAGUCAACCUCUCCAGCCCAUACAGACAAACAGGACUAGUGCCAGGCGCCAAACUCGAGCUUGUUUUAGUCUCCCGAUCUCCGUCCGUUGUUUCGGUAGCUCUACAAUUACCAGAAUCGCUAGCCAAGGAUGUACCUGGUGGGCGGUUGGUCGACAAGUUUCCGAGCGAUACUACGUUGUGGCUGGUCUUGCGGAAAUUCGAGUCGAGGCAGGAUGGGCCAACACAGAACUUUACAGGUCGGGGUGCUGCACAGAUAGAGAAAGGGGCUUCGGGGGCAGGACGGAUAUUCUACGAGAUGCCCUCUCUGAAUCUCAUGGGACGAGAGGUGUCGGAUUUCGGUGGUUUGCAGAAGACUUUGGCGCAGCUGGGAUUUAAUCAGGGAAGUGUGUCCAUUAGACUUGGGUUCAAGCAGACGGAGCAACCGCUGGAGGAGGCCAUGAAGGAAAUCGGGCAGUAUUUCAAGGAGGACGAGGAGCCGAAGAGCAGCGAAGAUCCAAAAACCGAGGCUGUUACAGAUGCAAUUGCGAAAUUACCAGAGGCUUCGGUUGACCCUGGGAUUGUGAUGGGCGAUACGGAAGAUUUGAUUUCCUUCGACCAGGUUGAGGACGCCGCUACACAUCCUGCGCCAGGACCAGAGAGCCCCCAACAACUCCUCGGUCCAAACCAUCGCCCUAUUACCGUCUAUGCUGCUCCUACAGCCGACACGCCCAAAGCCGCUCUCCGACCACACAUCGACAACGACUUCGAGCCCACAAUCGCCCACGCCAAACUCCACCAAUCUCGCCUCCAAGAGAACGCCAUGAACAAGCGCCUCCCAUCCGAUGCCGAGCAAGAACGUCUCGACAAGGAGAAAGCGGCCAAGCUUGCCAAGAAGACUUCCGUAAACAUUAAAGUCAGGUUCCCAGAUGAGACAUCCAUCAUCGCAAGCUUUACAGCCGCCGAGACGGGUCUUAAUCUGUAUGAGCAUGUGAAGGGCACGAUAGCAGCGGAAGAACAGCCGUUCAAGUUAGUAUACCAGGAUAGAGGACCGCAGACUGUUCCGCGGAACGAGAAGAAGCUGAUUAGGGAUCUGGGUUUUGAGGGCGGGGUAACGGUUAAUUUUAUCUGGGAGGAUGCUGCGAGUGACGAGGUUAGGGAUAGGCGUCGGUCGGUGCUGAAGGGGCAGUAUGUGGCUGCUGCAAAGGAGAUUCCAGUCCCUGAGCUGGUAGCUGAUGAGAUGGAGGAUGGGAAGGUGGAGAGUGUCGAACAAGGGAAGGGGAAGGAGAGGACUGGUGGUGGUAAGGGAGGUAUGCCUAAGUGGCUUAAGGGGUUUGGGAAGAAAUAG